UUGACGUCUGUCAAAAAUCAAAACGCUGUCAUUUGGUUGUCAAAAUAUAAGCGGUGUUAUUUUUACAUUUCCAUUAUUUUACUAAUUAAAAUGAGUGCGAAAGAAUCAAUGGAAAUGGAAGUCGAUAAUCCGACUUCCACUGAUGUUGCUAAUAAUCCCGCAGAAGUUACGGAAAAAGGUGUGAUGGCAGCUGGGGCUGUCGGUUCAGUGACUUGUUCCUUGCACCCUUUGGUAAUAAUGAAUGUUUCCGAACACUGGACACGUGAAAAGGCUCAAGAAGGCUCAGUCCAGCGAGUGAUUGGGGCCUUGAUUGGUAAGCAAAAGGGGCGCAACAUUGAAAUAAUGAACUCAUUUGAACUGGUAUUUAGUGUGAUUGGGGAUGAUGUUAUUAUUGACAGGGAUUAUUACAACAUGAAGGAAGAACAGUUCAAACAGGUUUUCAGUGACAUGGAUUUUAUUGGGUGGUAUACUACUGGUGACAUCCCCAAUACUACUGAUAUUAAAAUUCACAAGCAAAUUUGCGACAUUAAUGAAUCUCCAAUUUUGCUCAAAUUAAAUCCUUAUGACAAAAAUAUUGAUCACUUGCCUGUUGCUCUUUACGAGUCUGUAAUUGAUUUAAUUGGAGGUGAAGCAACAAUGUUAUUUGUUAAUUUAUCUUAUACUUUGGCUACUGAAGAAGCUGAAAGAAUUGGAGUGGAUCAUGUAGCUAGAAUGUCAUCAACAGAUUCAGGAGAAAGCUCUCUAGUUGCAGAACAUUUAACUGCACAACACAGUGCUAUCAAAAUGCUGCAUUCUAGAGUUAGAUUAGUAUUAGAGUACAUGAAAGCUGUUCAGAGUGGCCAAUUGCCAACAAAUCAUGAAAUUUUAAGAGAAGCUUAUUCCUUGUGUCACAGAUUACCUGUUAUACAAAGUGCAAGAUUUAGACAAGACUUUUAUAACCAAUGCAACGACGUGGGUCUUAUGACGUACUUAGGGACUUUAACAAAAGGCUGUAAUGAUCUUAACCAGUUCGUAAAUAAGUUCAAUAUUUUGUAUGAUAGGCAAGGGUUGGGCAGGAGGAUGAGAGGAAUUUUCUUUUAAUUCAUAAAAAACGAUUUAUUUAUAACCCUCAGCUCUGUAUUAAAGUUUCUAUUAAACAAUCCUUCAAUAUUACAAA